UCGCGAGGAGUGCUAUUCUUCGGAGGGGCCAGUUCGCGCUGUUCGUGGAAAUCCGGAGGAUUCGUGGAAGGUACUUAAGCGUUGAUUACAAUUUGAUUGAAAUUUCAUUUUUUUUUUUAACGUUCACAAUGAAACGAGGGCUCGUAGAAUCCGAGGGAACUAUUAUAACCAUUUGAAGAUUAAUAAAUAAAAAAACACACUUUGUUGUUUAAUUGUUUGAAUUUAGGACGAUAUAAGUCGAACUGGUGUCAUAACUUGCAAAAUCGAUAGUACACCAAUCGCCUUCCUGAUUGACUCUGGAGCAGCAAUAAACACGGUAACCGAACAUGCUUGGAACAAACUUGUUGCAGACAAAGUGAAACUUUACAAAAAGAAGUUUCACUGCGAUCGACGUGUUACUGCGUAUGCUAGUCAAGAUCCACUUGAAGUGUUGAUGAUUUUUGAAGCGUGGAUUUCUGUAAACGAUGUUAAGCUUAAGGCAUAUGCAGAGUUCUUCGUUAUAAAGGGUGCUAAAAGGUCGCUGUUGAGCAAACGAACUGCUGAGGACCUAAAGGUGCUGAAAGUCGGGCUUGAUGUACAUAAUAUUGAUCUGGAGAAUGGCAGUUUUCCUAAAUUCCCGAACAUUCAAGUCAAAUUGGCCAUCGAUGAAAGUGUUCCUCCCAGAAAAGUUGCAUAUUUAAGAAUUCCUGCAGCUAUGGAGGAGAAAGUAGAUUUGAGGAUCCAGCAAAUGCUGCAAAAUGAUGUUAUUGAGCCAGCAGUCGGCCCACCGGAGUGGAUUUCCCCUAUGGUUGUGGUACCAAAGGGGAAGGACGACAUCAGGUUGUGCAUUAAUAUGAAGUACCCUAACCAAGCAAUACAGCGCGAGCACUACCCACUGCCGAUGAUUGACACAUUGUUGAAUAAACUGAGGGGUUCUACAUAUUUUCCAAAAUUGGACAUAACAUCUGCGUUCCACCACAUAGAACUUCACCCGGAAUCCCGAGGAAUCACCACCUUCAUGACUAGCAGGGGCUUGAUGAGGUACAAGCGGUUGAUGUUCGGCAUCAAUUGCGCGCCGGAAAUUUUCCAGCGUGUGAUGUGUGAAAUGUUAGCCGGUAUAGAGGGUGUAAUCGUCUACAUUGAUGACGUAGUAGUUGCUGGGGAAACCAAAGAACAACAUGAUCGCAGAUUGGAAGAAGUAUUGUCGGUCCUACGUAAGAACAACGCCAUGCUCAACGAAGAAAAAUGCUUAAUCGGAGUGAAGGAGCUCGAAAUCCUGGGUUACAAGGUCAGCGCUGCUGGAAUAAGCCCAACAGAUGACAAAAUUUCUGCAAUUCGGAACUUCAGGAAACCAGAAACGAAAGAGGAAACCCGUAGUUUUUUGGGGCUUAUUAACUUUGUUGGGCAGUUUAUCCCGGAUUUGUCUACCAGAACAGAGCCAUUGCGUCAAUACAUGAGAGGAGAGACAGCUGCUUUCGGUGAGGAUCAAGAGAAAGCAUUCAAUGAUCUCCGGAACGAACUUUCUAACACCGUUCGAAGAUUAGGAUUCUUCGACCCAAAACAUGAAACCGACCUAUAUGUGGAUGCGUCUCCGGUAGGCCUGGGCGCCGUUCUGACUCAGAGGGAUAGACUAGGUACGCCACGCAUCAUUAGCUUCGCAUCGAAGGGGUUGACGAAGGCUGAGAGAGUCUAUCCUCAAACGCAACGUGAAGCUCUCGCGGUAGUAUGGGCCGUGGAGAAGUUCUACCCAUACUUGUUUGGAACAAGCUUCACUAUUUAUACCGACCAUAAGACUCUCGAGUACAUUUAUGGAGGUAAACACGGUGACGGAAAGCGUGCUUGCACAAGAGCAGAGGGUUGGGCACUUCGUCUGCAGCCGUAUAACUUCCGCAUACAACAUAUCCCAGGUUCAACCAAUAUCUCAGAUGUACUGUCACGGCUGUGUCCAUACUCUGAGUCGGAUGUUCCGUUUGACGAGGAAUCCGAGCACUAUCUCUGUGCUCUCGACGACGGGUUGAGCGCCAUCGCCCUAGAUGAAAUUGAAAGCGAAACAAGAAGCGAUGAAACGUUGACUGCGGUAAUCGAAGCAAUCCAGAGUGGCCUCUGGCCACAAAAUCUUAUUCAUUAUCAACCCUUCGCCAAGGAACUUGGAGUAAUCAACGGGAUCGUUGUUCGAGAUGACCGAAUUGUGCUCCCGGCAAAACUACGUCCGAAAGCAUUGGAAAUUGCUCAUCGUGGGCACCCAGGAGCAGUCAGUAUGCGGCGGAGUCUACGUGAAAAUGUGUGGUGGCCUUACAUGGACCGAGAUGUGGGCGAUCGAAUUCAGGAAUGUGCCGGGUGUGCUGCGGUGAGCAACCAAGGACCACCGGAACCAAUGGUUCGGAAAGAAAUGCCUGAUCGAGCAUGGCAGGAGAUAGCGAUUGAUUUCUUUUCCGCAAAGGAGUGUGCUACCUGUCUUGUUAUCGUCGACUAUUACAGUCGCUUCUUGAAAGUCGUAGAGAUGAAGAGCACCACGGCUGCCAAGACCAUUGAGGCUCUUGAGUCCGUGUUCCAGGAGCAUAUGUAUCCGGAAACAAUUCGCAGCGAUAACGGUCCGCCAUUUUCCAGUGAAGAAUUCCUGAGCUACUGUAAACGAAAGAAUGUUAGAUCGAUUCGAACCAUUCCGUACUGGCCACAGAUGAAUGGACUCGUGGAAAGGCAAAACCAAGGAAUUCUGCGAGCUCUUCGUAUUGCCAAAGCAGUCAAUGCAGAUUGGCGUAAAGCAGUGAAAGACUAUGCUCACAUGUACAAUACGACGCCCCAUACAAUGACUGGAAAAGCUCCCUUGGAAUUGCUGACAGGACGGCCGGUAAAAUAUCUUCUUCCUUCCCUAAGGACCGAACCUAAUUGGAAUCGUGAUGCUGAUGUGCGUGACGCUGAUGCCAUAAAGAAAAUGAAGGGGAAACUUUACUCCGAUAAUCGUCGUAGAGCUCAGCAGUCAGAGAUAGCCGAGGGCGAUACAGUAUUGUUGAAAAACUACGAGACAGGAAAGCUGGAGCCAAAGUUCCGGUUGGAGCUAUUCAAGGUUGUUAAGAAGACAGGAAGUGAUACAAUUGUGGUCAACGACGAAGGAGUUCGAUACCGCCGACCUGUUUCACAUCUCAGAAAGUGGGAUGUUAAGUCAUCUGAAGCCAGUCGACGUGCUCUACCUGGAGAUCAAACAGAACAACAGCAAUCGCAGUCUGACCCUCUUGUUGAAAUGGAAGACCAUUCAAUGGAAAAGGAAGAGUCGCAGAGCGGCAACGUGGACGAAAGGGAGACAGAAUUAACACGUCCCAGACGUAAAAGGAAAUUGCCAGCACGUUAUAACUAAAACGAAAAGGGAUGUAGAGUUGUCAGCGAGAUUCUGCACCCCAACUUCCCUUACAACCUUAUGCGCACAAAGAGAGAGAACCGUUGGAGGUUAACCCUAUAGGUACGAACCACAGUUGAGGGAGCGAGAGGAGCAUACGAAUGGACGAGAGGCGACCCGACGAAGCUUCGCGACGACGGACGGAGGGAGAGUGUGAAUUGGCUAGUUGGUGACGAAGCUUUGUUGAAGACGGGUGCGAAAUAAAGUAGCAAUAUUAUUUCAUGUAGUGAAGAGCGAGUUAAUUCAUAAGUCGACCGAA